GAGUCAACAAACUGAAAUGAAUGAGGAAGUGGGACUGUGGCACUUGAGCUGUUCUACAAUGGUUUUGGUCAAAGUUUUGGAUUUGGCUAAUUAUUUUGGGAUGAAGAAAAAUGGCACCUGAGCAGAAAUUUCUUUCUGAUGUGACUCUUCAACUCCCACGCAAUUCGGCCUUUUUGUUUCGUGUAAGGAGAAAGUGGACUGUGAAAGAUCAGAACAUGCGCUUGGGUUCCCGCGUUUGUGAAUUAGUUUUGAUGGAUGAAAAGCGUGAUCAAAUUCAAGCAACGGUCCCUCUCCACUUGAUCCCCCAGUUUGAAGAUCAAAUUGAAGAAGGCAACCUAUACGCCAUGCUCAACUUUUCUGUCAAGGAGAAUCAAGGGGGUUGGAGAGCAACAUCCCAUCCAUUCCGUUUGAUGUUCACCGAAAAAACAAAAGUCAUGCUUCAGACAAAUGAAAAACAUCAUGAAUUUCCAAAGAGCAUUUAUAAUAUCAUAGCCUAUGCAGAUAUUACCCAUUCCCCAGAUGUUGAAGCGCCCGAUUUGAUUGAUGUUAUUGGUGCAUACAAUCCCGAUGAAAA